UCAUUUUUUUUGCAUUUACUGUCAAAAAAAAAAAUACAGUAACACCGUCUCCUGGCUCCAGUGAGCGCACGUCCCGCCCACCUGUAGCGCAACGCCAGCAUUGCCAACGCGGACACCAAGCACCCACCAGCUGCUCACCCGCUCACUGGGAUACAGUGCUAACAGCGUCUGCGGGCUCUAGUGGUCGCACGUCCCGCCCACCUGUAGCGGUUGUAUUAAACGCGCGCGACGACGCAACGCCAGCAUUGCCCGCGCGGACACCAAGCACCCACCAGCUGCUCACCCGCUCACUGGGAUACAGUAAAAAUGCGUUUCCUCCUCCCCGCCAUGUUGCUGCUGUCAGCCAUCUUGUCGUGCGCCGCGCAGGCGCAGUAUCCGCGCCCGCGUCGCCCCGAGCGCUUCGAUACGGCGGAACAGAUCUCCAACUAUUUGAAGGAGCUGCAGGAAUAUUACUCCGUGCAUGGGAGAGGACGAUAUGGCAAGAGACAAAUGCACAUAGCCGAUGCUUCAGUAAUUUUCAGGGAGAGUCCAUUUUUCGAACACAAUCUUAACGACGAACCGGCCUUUAAAAACCUUGGUUAUAAGUAAAUAAAUAAAUAACUAAUAUAAAUAAUAAAUAAAUAUACUACAUUGUUAUUAACAUAUUCCCGUGCAAAUGAAACUUAAUAUUUUUAAUAUUAUUUUGCUUGUCUACAGAAUUUCAUGCUACUUUUUAACUGUGAUUAAUGCGUACUUAAUUUAUAAUGAGGUUAUUUUUAAAAGAGAUGGGCAUUUAUAGACUUGUUUUUCUUUUAUUAAUUCAAUAGUUGACAACUCAAAUUCAACACUUGUUUAAUACGGUAUUUUCAAUGCAAUUUGUAUGAAACUGUAAGUUCACAUCAAGCUGUUUACUUUUUUAAUUUAUUUUGUACAUUUGACUUUAUUUUUGACAGCUAUAAUUUAGAAGUUAUAUUUACAGCUAACGUUAUUGUUUUACCCAAAAACUUGUCAUCAGCUCUUAUAAUAAUUCUAUGUGUGCUUAAAGAAAGCCCAUCUCUAGCAACUCUUAUUUGAAAUAACUAAUGGCAUAUUCCUACAAUUAUAUUUUAAUAUUUAUUUAAUCGAAAUACGACGCUAGUCACUGUUAUUCUCAUUUAAAUUAAUUUAAACAAAUCCGCCAUAAAAAUCUAGUCAUCAAAAACGCUUAUUUUUCCAAAAAGGUUCCUAAAAAUAGUUUUCAAGCUGGGUGCAAAACUAUUUUUAGAAUUCUGCCACCAAACCUUUAUUCCUAACAGUUAAAAUAGUGUAACUAAACAUGUAUGUAGUAUUUAUUCAAAAUGCAAGAUUGUUUCAUCAUG